UUUUUUUCUCUCCCCCUAUUUCGUGUCACCCAGAGCCCUCCACCCCACGAGCGCGCACCUCUAGUUGGCUCCGCCUAGGGUUUUAGCCCUCGCCUCCACACCACCGCCCAGCGCCGCAUCUUCACAAAUCCCCCACCCCACCACAUCUCUUCCCGACCACCCCGCCGGGCGACGAGCGGCGGCCGGCGGCCCGAGAUGGAUAGGUACCAGAGGGUGGAGCGGCCGCGGCCCGAGUCAGCCAUCGCGGAGAACGAGAUCCGCAUCACCGCGCAGGGGCUUAUCCGGAACUAUGUCUCCUACGCCACAUCCCUCCUCCAGGAUCGGAGGGUUAAAGAGAUUGUUCUGAAGGCCAUGGGACAGGCAAUCAGUAAAUCUGUUGCUGUCACUGAAAUUAUCAAGAAAAGAGUCCCUGGGUUGUACCAAGAUACCAACAUCAGUUCUGUCAGCAUCACCGAUGUCUGGGAACCUAUUGAAGAAGGCCUCGUCCCACUGGAGAUGACUCGGCAUGUUUCAAUGAUUUCAAUUACUUUGUCUCCAGUAGAUCUGGACGUGAAUUCACCUGGGUACCAAACCCCAGCUUAUGUUGAACAACCCAGGCAGCAGCAGCGUCUCCAACAGGCACCACUAGCACUGCGCCAGCCUCGCCAGCCUCCGACUGAUUAUGAAGACUCCUACAUCCGGGGUCGUGGCAGAGGGAGGGGCCGUGGACGUGGAAGGGGUUGGGGUAGAGGUGGUUAUGGUGGAUAUGGAAACAACCAAGGUGGGUACAACCAAGGUGGAUACAACCAAGGUGGGUAUAACCAGGAUGGGUACAACCAAGAUGGCGGGUACUACGAUAAUCAAGGCGGAUAUGGUGGCUAUGAUAAUCAAGGUGGGUACGGCGGUGGAUAUGGCUACAACCAAGGCCGGCAUGGAAACUACCAAGAAAAUGGUGGAUAUAACCGAGGGCGUGGUGGUAUACGUGGAAGAGGCAAUUGGAGUUACCGUGGUGGGUUUGAACGUGGCAGAGGUGGUGGUGCUCCUGGUGGAAGGGGAUAUGAAGGUGGAAGGGGUUAUGACCAAGGUCCUGGUGGAAGGGGAUAUGAUGGUGGAAGGGGUUAUGACCAAGGUCCUGGUGGAAGGGGAUAUGAUGGUGGAAGGGGUUAUGACCAAGGUCCUGCUGGAAGGGGAUAUGGGGGUGGAAGGGGAUAUGACCAGGCUCCUGCUGGCAGGGGAUAUGAAGGAGGAAGGGGUUAUGGUGGUCGUGGACGAGGAAGGGUUGGUGGUCGUGGGAGGUACUGAGCAAAGGCAGAACAAUCCAUGUGCUCCUGGUGCUCUAUUUAAAUGCAUGCAUAAUAUCAGGGGGGAGGGAAGUUAUCCAAGGAUUUUGUGUUAGAAGCAAAUCAGUUGCGUUGGUGUUUGUUAUUUCCCCCUGAGCGCGAGGUUUUGGUUGUGAGCACAGUGCUUUUCCCAAGUUAUCCUGUAACCAUCUUUCAAUGUUGCUGCUGCUGCCGCUGUUUGCUUGUUUUCCCAAUGGUCAAUGAAUGCUGAGCAUGCAGCUCCAUGUUCAUGCCGUCGUAUUAUCUGAUGCAACUGUUACCUUAAAUUGUUUAUUCUAUUUGUGCAGUUGUUUCUUUGUCCAA